AACUCAAUGACUGAAUGAGUGUUUGUAUGGUUUGUAUGGUCUGUGUGUCUGUGUCUGCAAUAUCACUGUAUUUGUGGUCAAAUCGGAUCCAUUGUGUGCUGUAUUGACGCCAAUCCAGUGACUAGUGGUGUGCAUCGAGUGGUGAUCUGUGCGCUGAUCUCGUGGUGAGUACUGGUGUGGAGAAGAUGUCUUCGCCAUCGGCUGGUAAGCGUCGUAUGGAUACGGAUGUCCUUAAACUCAUUGAAUCCAAGCACGAGGUGACCAUUUUGGGCGGACUCAACGAGUUCUGCGUCAAGUUCUAUGGACCCAAAGGAACUUCAUAUGAGGGCGGAGUCUGGAAAGUGAGGGUCGAUUUGCCCGAGAAGUACCCGUUUAAGUCACCGUCCAUUGGAUUCAUGAAUAAGAUAUAUCACCCGAACAUCGAUGAAGUGUCAGGAACGGUAUGUUUGGAUGUGAUAAACCAGGCGUGGACAGCCCUCUACGAUCUUUCCAAUAUCUUUGAAUCAUUCUUACCUCAACUGCUGACGUACCCCAACCCCAUCGACCCCCUCAAUGGUGACGCUGCGGCCAUGUAUCUCCAUAAGCCAGAGGAAUACAAACGCAAAGUACAAGGUAUGCCUCACUCACCUCACCCUAGCCCUCCCUGUGCUCAAUGCACUGCUGUGUUCGUAGAGUACGUCAAGAAGUACGCCACCGAAGACGCGUUGAGGGGAGAGGAGGACGAGUCGGACAGCAGUGAGUCAACGAUGAGUGACUUCUCGGACGACGAGACGAAGGACAUGGAGCUCUAA